CUUCCUUAAAAGUGAUUGGACCUUCCCAGCCCCUUCUUGUCAGAGUGGGAGAAGACAUACAGUUAACCUGUUGCCUGUCCCCCGAGGCCAAUGCACAGAGUAUGGAGGUGAGGUGGGUCCGAGCCCACCGUUACCCUGCUGUUUAUGUGUAUAUGGAUGGGGACCACGUGUCUGCAGAGCAGAUGGCAGAAUAUAGAGGGAGGACAGUGCUGGUGACUGACGCCAUCAGCGAGGGGAGGCUGACCCUGCAGAUACACAAUGCCAGGACUUCAGACGAUGGGCAGUACCGGUGCCUUUUUGAAAAAGACGGUGUCUACCAGGAGAACACCUUGGAUGUGAAGAUAGUAGGUCUGGGCUCUUCCCCGCGGAUCACCAUGGAGGGCCUGGCGGACGGAGAAAUGCGGCUGAUGUGCUCUUCGGAAGGGUGGUUCCCACAGCCCCGCGUGCAGUGGAGGGACUUGGAAGGGAGGACAGUGCCCUCGUUUUCCGAGGUGCUGGCUCAAGGCAGCGAUGGGCUGUUCCGCGUGGAGGCGUUCCUUCAGGUCACAAACAGCUCUGCUGGGAACGUGACCUGCUCCAUCGGCAACCCCCUUUUCGGCGAGGAGCAAAUGACAACGUUUUUCACCUUC